AUGCGGCAUCUUAUAGAUACACUCCUCUCCCUCCUCAUCCCAUGCGUCAUCCUCAUCCACCUCUUUCUCGCGCCGUACACUAAAGUCGAGGAGUCUUUCAACAUACAAGCUACCCACGACAUCCUGACUUACGGCAUACCGUGGGGCACGACAUGGGAGCACACAGGCUUAUGGCUGCGAGAGCACUAUGACCAUCUUACGUUCACGGGCUCGGUGCCGAGGACUUUCGUCGGCCCGUUGUCAUUGGCGGGAGUGAGUUGGCCCUUUCUGCGCUUCGGAGCCGGUCAUGGUGGGGAGAUCAGGGGACAGUUGGUCGUUAGAACUGUGCUUGGACUAUACAACGCCUGCUGCUUGAUGGUAUUCCGCAAUGGAGUUGCCAGAGCUUUUGGCAGAAAUGCUGCGAAUUGGUAUACCGUAUUCCAGGCAAGCCAGUUCCAUAUGAUGUAUUAUGCGUCGAGAACGUUGCCUAAUUUCUUUGCUUUUGGAUUGACAACUUUGGCCAUGCGCAAUCUCCUCCCUCAUGCACUUGGAAGUCCGGCCGCUCGAUCAAACAGGCGACGGCAGGAACUCGCUCUUACCCUCCUCACCAUUGCUGGCACUGUCUUCCGCUCCGAGAUCGCCGUCCUCCUCGCAUCUCAGACUCUCUACUUGUAUUUUCGACCAUACAUCCGCCUCCCAAUCCUCUCAAUCAUUCCAGCCGGCCUUCUGGGUGCGUUCAUCGGUCUCGCCCUCACAGUCCCUGUCGACAGUUUCUUCUGGCAACGCUGGCCACUCUGGCCCGAGCUGACCGGCUUCAUCUACAACAUCGUCGAAAAGCAAUCUUCCAACUGGGGCACUUCUCCGUGGCAUUUCUACUUCACCUCGGCCCUCCCACGCCUCCUGUUCAAUCCGUUUCUCUAUCAGAUUUGUCUUCCCUUUACUCUCAGCAUAUCGAUCCUGCGCCGUCAGGCUCUCGACAUCCUCCUCCCGAAUCUCCUCUUUGUGGCGGUUUACAGCUCCCAGCCGCACAAAGAGUGGCGCUUCAUCAUCUACAUCAUCCCGUCUUUUCUCGCCGUUGCCUCGGCAGGCGCAAGCUGGAUUUGGACGCGCCGCGCAAAAUCGUUCGUUUACCGCGUGCUCUCCCUUGCCCUGGUUGCAUCCACGCUUGCGUCUUGCAUGGCGAGUUUGGGUAUGCUAGCUGUCUCCCGUCUCAACUACCCUGGUGCCGAAGCGUUGAAUCGCUUGCAUGCACUUGCAGGCAACGAUACUGGGGUAGUGAAGGUGCAUAUGGACACGCUGGCUUGUAUGACUGGCGUCACAAGAUUUAUGGAACGCGCGCCGCCUGUGUUGGCCGAUGCGCAGGGUGCAUUUUGGGUUUAUGAUAAGACAGAAGAAGAAGAGAAGCUACUGGAUCCGCUAUUCUGGGAGGGCUUUGAUUAUGCGCUUGCUGAGCGGCCUGAGAGGGUCAUUGGGAGUUGGCAUGUCCUGAGUACCGUGGAGGGCUACGCCGGGGUUGCGAUCAUGAGGCCCGAGGAGGGUGGGGAACAGGCAAUGGAGGAUGUGCGCGCAGUGCAGAACUUAUGGACGGAGAGUCGGUGGAGAAAAGAUGGGCUAGGGACGGCGCGGCAAUGCGUGAGGGAGAUGAGUCUGGGGAGAUUGGAGAGUGUGACCAGGAAAUUCGUCACGAAGGGGUGGUGGAUGAGGAUGAAGAUGGAGCCGAGGAUUCGGAUUUUGAAGAAGGCGGGAAUGCCUGGGGGUACCCCCGUUGAGCCUGAGCAGGCAAUGGAAGGCUGA